GAUAUCGCACCCCUUACGUCACAACCUGUCCUUUUUAUACGGAGCGCACCCGAGCUUGUAGGAUGUACAGCUAGCUGGCGUUGGGAUUAAUACAGAUGUUGGGGAUGUACAAAACUGUAGCCGUCCUUCUCGGUAUCCUGUCGUCAUUACUAGCCGCAAGUACAGGUAAAUUUGCAGACAGAUGUUUCGAGGAAAUCGCUCUUACCGGCGAUGCUGUCAACAUAACAUCGCCCGGAUAUCCAAACCACUAUGGCGCUGACUUAACAUGCGGCUGGAAGAUAAACGCGUCGUCACCAGAUCGUCGAGUAGGCGUUCAUACGGCAAACUUGAACUUGGAAUCGUCAGCUGAUUGUCUUUCCUUCUACGAUGGACCAGACAAUUCAUCAAGAUCCCUGUUCCAAUUUUGUGGCACAAACACAGACAGAGGCACAGGCAGUUUCCUCAGUAGCAGAGAUAGCAUGUACAUACAGUUUACCUCUGAUUCCUCCGUGAAUGCAGGAGGGUUUCGAAUCGUCGUCAUUGACUCUGAAAAAUGUGGCGGAACGCUGACAGCAACAUCAGAAGUGGCGAAUCUCCCCUCCCCGGGGUAUCCUUACAUGUAUUUUAAUGAUCUUAGGUGCACGUGGAUCAUUACAGCAGAAAAUGAAAACGAAACAGUUGGACUGACAACUCUCAAUUCAGAUAUCGAGGGAUCUGGAGCCUCCUGCCGCUAUGACGUUCUUCGUGUUUAUACCGGAAACACAAUUGAAGAUGAUCAAUAUCUUGGGGAAUCCUGUUCAAAGCAACUACCAACAUACCAAAGUUCAAAGAAUUCGCUGUUGGUUCAUUUCACCACCGAUGUGAGCACAACUAAGCAAGGCUUCGUGCUACAAUAUGUUGCACGUAAAGCGGGCGACUGCAACAAUACGUAUGCGGUGAAGGCCACAGACAAGUACAUUAUGUCACCCGGAUACCCCGAUAUUUAUGACAGUAACUUGGAAUGCUUCAUAACAUUCGCCGAUGUAACAUUAACAUCAAGCAACUUGAAGCUGGACAUUGUCAGCUUGGAUGUAGAUGGUGACUUCCCCAACUGCGGGGAUGACUCGGUUACUCUUUAUCAAGGUGUGAGUGGGCAACUCAUUGGAAAGUUUUGUGGUGAUUCUUCAAAUACCCCAUUUGGGCCGUUCUACUCCAACGGAAUAUUUAUGACAAUGGUAUUCAAAACCAACGGUGUCUCAAAUGGUCGGGGCUUCCGAAUCCGCGUUUCACACAGUGAACGAAAAGUUGUACCACCCCAGUCAAAGGAUUGUGGCUCUCAGUUCCUUAAUGCAACCAUACAUCCACAAUAUUUACAGUCCCCUGGAUACCCUGUAGAAUUGUCAAGCCAUAAAGACUGUGUGUGGACAAUAACGGCUUCAAAUCCUAACAUGAUGGUGCGCAUUGAUGUCAUUGACUCGGAUAUAUACUCUACAGAUACAAGUUACGUAUAUUGCAGAAAUGACCGUGUUUGGGCUUACGACGGACCUUCGAUCUUUAAUGACACGAUAUCUUUCUGGUGCGGCCCAUCACGACCUACUCUUCUAAGCACUGGAUCAGCUAUAACAAUUCAGUACCAUUCAACAGGCAGCAGCGGUUUCAAGUUGGCAUAUUUUGAAACGAAUGAACAAUAUCAUUGUGGAGGGACAUUGAAUAUUACUACAGCUGACUAUACAACCGUGACAUCGCCUAACUACCCUGGACCGUACCCAAACCGCCAGAAUUGCGUCUGGAUCAUAUAUGCUCCAGCAAACACGAAUAUUGAAGCUAAAGUCAGAAACACAAAGAUUGAGUCAACAACACCAUGUCGUUACGAUUACCUGCAAAUUUACGAUGGCAUGAGAUCCAGUGUAUCGGACCCAGGGAGGUACUGUGGGAAUGACAACAUUGACUACAUCAGUUCCGGUCACAUCAUCACCGUGAGCUUCUAUUCUGACUCUUCGAUGAGACACAAAGGAUUUCAAAUGCUUCUCAAGGCGGGACACUUCAGAGCCCAUGAGACGAUGGAGCUGUCAGCUUCCUAUUUCACCGCCUACAUACUUUCUCCGAAUUACCCAUUUAAUUACCCGAGUAACACUGAGUCCAGCUGGAAGAUCACUGCGGGUCGAGACUACACUGUCAUGAUCGAGGUUAAGGAAUCAAGCCUCGAAAGGUCUUUUGGUUGUCUCAGUGACUUCGUGGAGGCGUUUGAUGGUUCGGACUCUAACGCCCCCUCACUUGGUCGCUGGUGUGGAAAAAGUGAACCAUUGAAAACAAGUUCUGGAUCUGUCAUGUUCCUGAAAUUCAAGUCAGAUUCAUCUGGUGUUGAUCGUGGGUUCAAGAUCAAGUAUACCAAAGAAUUUAAUCCAUCAUUUGAUACUAAAUCACAUGUUGGAGCAAUUGUUGGGGGUUCAAUUGGUGGCUCGGUUCUGAUGCUACUCAUAAUCAGCGGAAUCGCCAUAUUCAUCUACAAAAAGAAUCAACGCAUUCCCACCAAUGUACCAAUGUAUUAUACCGUAGGCCAGGUACCAACGGUAAGCAACUUUGGCCAAGGACCGAUGACCAACACUAUGCCCCCAACAAACUUCACUGGACCUCCUUCCUACUUAACGUCAAACCAGCCGGUUGCCACGCCUUCUUCAACGCACCUCAAUUCGGAAACGUUGCCCCCAAAAUUUUAAAGUACUAUGUGUACAAUCAUCAUCGAUUAGCAGAAGUAUUAAUUUAUAUUUCCAUUCUGUUAUGAAUACAAUAUGGACCGAUUCCGUGCCAUAUUUUCGUCAUGACCCCAAUGUGAAUAACAUCCCAUAGACGUCCAAUGGCAUAACUCCUGGUUCAGGUAAGAGAUGGAGCGAUGAAGAUGAAGCUGUGGCGAAUAGCUCCAGGGUCUUAACUUAAUAGAAUGAAAAUAUACACAAGGUAAUCGAUGAUAGUAUACGGCAUAAUGUUAUAAAUAAAGAUCUGAAUCUGUUAUCUCAAUAAAUGUUCAUGUUUUUGUUCAGGAGAAAUGAAAUUAUAUUAUUUGUAGCAGUUACGAGAAUGUACUGUAGUUAUUUGAUGUUUACUUUGGUGUACUUAAACGUUGUAAAGAACUGUAUAAUGUCAAUAUUCAGUGCUCGUGUGAACGCAUCUGCAUUUUUCAAACCUCAGAGCCGGAUGCUUAUGUUUGAAGUGUGUUACAUAUUCGUACUCGAAACAGAUCGGAAAUAAUUUGUAUUAUUUUUAAUGAAUCUCUGUAAAAGCAGGGGAGUUUAUCGGCUUUUUGAUUUGUGUUAUAUAUUUUACUUUAACAUUCCAAUAAAGCGACCAUUGAAGACUUGCA